AUGGCAAAGGAGCAUGAGGAGCAUCUGAGGAUUGUGUUGCAAAUCCUGAAGGAGUGGAAUUUGUAUGUAAAGUUGUUGAAGUGUAAAUUAUGGAAAGAAGACGUAAAGUUCUUAGGACAUGUGGUGAGAAAAGAAGGAAUAGCAGUGGAUCCUUCAAAGGUUGAAGCAGUGAUGGAAUGGAAAAGAGCGACAUCAGUGACUGAGGUUAGGAGCUUCUUGGGAUUAGCCAAGUAUUACAGAAGGUUCAUCCAUGGGUUUUCGCAAAUCGCAUUGUCGAUGACUAAGUUGACUAGGAAAGAGACACUAUUUGUGUGGACGUCCGAAUGCGAUAAAAGUUUUCAAACUUUGAAAGAGAAGUUAACUUCAGUACCAGUUUUAAUUCUACCUAAACAACACAAACCAUUUGACGUUUACUGCGACGCCUUGUUGAAAGGCUUGGGUUGUGUCUUAAUGCAACACCGGAAUGUGGUAGCUUAUGCUUUGCGCCAACUAAGACCACAUGAGGUGAAUUACCCAACUCAUGAUUUGGAAUUGGCGCGGUUGUGUUUGCUUUGA